AUGUCAACCCCCAACCUACCAGAUCCCCGUUUGGACGGCAGAGUCCUAGCCUACGACCCGGAAGCCAUCAAGACAGCUCUAUCAACCUACUAUUACGCCCUCAGCAAACUGCCAUACAUCGAAGCGUCCGACAUCGUCUUCCCACCAGCCGGCGGCUGGCCCAACAUCACUGCAACAAACUUCGCACCAUUACGCAAGAACGAAACGGUAAUUGCGCUUCUCAAACACCUCCCGUAUUUGCGAAAUCCUGGCUUGCCAAAGGGAUACGCGAUUGCCUUCGAGACCUUCCCGCUUGACUACUCGGCCGCGCCGUUCACAGAACCGCUUGAUGUAGGUGCGGCGGAGGGGUUGAGUCCUGAUCAGUACGAGGAUGAGGAUGAAAAGAUCAAGAGCUGGGUGGUGCCGCUUACUAUGAGCCAGGAUCAGUAUUCAGGUUGCUGGUGGUUGCUUGAUACUACUGAUGGCACGGUGACAGAGUGGGCGCACAACGAUAGCAUGGAGCCAGAAGUCGAUUACGAAGAUUAUGAUCCGCGCGCGUGGCGUAAUGUAUGCGGCGAGACGAGACUGCUGGGAGAGCUGUUGACCGAGUGGAGGGAGAAAUUCGAGAGCUUGGAUUGGAUUGCGUCGUCGGAGAAAGUGUGGGAUGAGGAGAUGAAUGCUGAGAAUCAUGCGCAGUUGCAGAGGAUCAUCAGGGAGCAUGGAUGGCCACACGGUUUUAGAAGGGAGGAGUGUAAGGAGGCAUUGUUGGCAUGGGAUGAGGAGCACCAGGACGAUCUAUAUGGAGCUUAG